AUGUUGGAUAAUUAUCUCCUAACUCAGGAGUUGAUAGCAGAUAUCGGGAAGAAAUGUAGGGGAUGGAAUGUGGUGCUUAAACUUGACAUGGCGAAGGCAUAUGAUAGGAUGUCCUGGGUGUUUAUUCUUAAGGUAUUGCGUCAAUUUGGAUUUAGGGAAAGAUUUAUUGAUAUGGUGUGGCGAUUGUUGUCAAAUGUGUGGUUCUCGGUGAUUGUUAAUGAUGCCGUUAUAGUGUUUGCCAAUGGGUCGGCUUCUUCGCUAAGGAAAGUUAUGCGGGUGCUAGAAUUGUAUCAAGGUGCAUCUGGCCAAUUGGUGAAUACUAGUAAGAGUGGUUUUUUGAUUCAUCCCAGCGUGUCAGUGGCUCGUAAAAGUGUCAUUGAACAGGUUACUAAGUUCUCUAAAAGAGAAUUCCCGGUUCGUUAUUUGGGUUCUCCGUUGUUUACUGAUAGGUGCAAGGGAGCAUAUUUUGCGGAUUUGUGCCAGCAGAUUGUUGAUAAGGUGCUCUCAUGGAAGAACCACCUUUUAUCCUCUGGUGGUAAGAUCAUUUUGAUCAAGCACAUGUUGUCGAACAUUCCCCUUCAUCUAUUGGUGUCAGCGAUACUUCCAAAAAGCUCCUUUCGCAUGAUUGAACAAGUCUGUGCUAAUUUCUUGAAUGGUAUCUCGUCAUGGGCUUUAUUCUUGUGGGCCAAAUACUGUCACAACUCUCAUCCUUGUCAAGUGUCCAUGAUCUCUACUAGUUCUGCAACUUGGCAUCGCAUAUUGGAUAUUAGGGGAUUUGCGGAGCUAUUCAUAACGUGGAGACCUUAUAGUGGCAAUUGUCAUUUUUGGUAUGAUAACUGGAUGGGUUUAGGUGCUUUCUACCUCAGAGUGGAGGUGCAGGAACAUUUGUCCUUUCAAAAUUUUGUAACGGAUGUGGAUAGAAUAGUUUGGACGGCUUCGUCAUCUGGACGUUUCUCGGUAUCCUCGGCCUUCCAUGAGUUGAGGGAGGCCAAGCCAUCCUCUUUCAUGUUUAGGCAGCAUGUGUUCAUGGAGAGUGAGGUAGCAAGGACGGUUUGGAAGGUUUUCGGAUCCCUGUGCGGUCUUCCUUUUAGUCAUGACCACUUCAGAGUGUAUUUGGUGAAUUGGUGGUGCAAACUUACUAAGUCUGCAAGGUUAAAGUUAGUCUUUUGCCUCUUGCACGCUUUUGUGUGUUGGAACUUGUGGAAGGCAAGGAAUUCAGCAGUGCUUGAAGGGAGUACCACGGAUGUCCGAUCUAUUUGUGGAGCAGUUUUUCAAAACUUGAAGGAUGCCUACUGGUUGCAAUUUGGUGAAUUUCAGCAGGUCGCGACAUGGCCUCAAUUCUUGGGAUUGGUGGAGCAGCGAUUGGAAGUGUUUAGGAUUCAUCUGGUUCAUUGGCACCCUCUAGUCUUGGGAAAGUUUAAGCUGAAUUGA